GACUCAACACAAGAAGAGUGAGUGCAUUUUUUCCCCUCCUCGAUCAAAUUUCUUGGAGGUUCCUACAGUACAUCUGAACACGCUGGACAUCGGCGGCUAGUCGCUGGUGGAUCAGGUGCAAAUCGGUCCUACAAAGGUGACCGUCGGGUCGAUUCGGUGUGGUGUGUGGUCGUAGUUCCUAAGUGCCAAAAAACGACCAGCAAACAGCGAACACAGCGGAAACGAAAGAAGCGUCCGCGAAUCGUUCGAAAAAAAGUGAAGUGCAUGACAUCACCAACCACAUCCGAACAACCGUGCCAGUGAAUUCCAUCGUGUGCGCACCUUCCAGAAUGACCGAUCUCUCCCGGCACCACCAUCACCAUCAUCAGGGCAAUGGGUUCGGGUCCGGCAGCAGCAUACACGACUAUCCCGAGCAUCUGAAUCCCUUCUACGAGGAUGAAAAUCACAAACGUCUUCGCUUUUUGGAGCACAAGCCGGCACCAAAAUCCCAGCGCCGCGGUAGCUUGUCCAGUUUGCGCGAUGGACUGCGGGAGCUAUGGCAAUUUUCAUCGAUUCGCUUUGGCAAAAAGCGCUCAUCAACGCUGGGCAUUAACAAAACGUCCGAAAGCCCUCCACCGCUGCGAAGGGAUACGUAUGAAGUCGACUCCUUCGCAAGUACCAGUGGUUACCGCAACACGGUGAACGCUCCCGGCUAUGGAACGACACGCGAAAGUCAGUCGUACACUACGACACCGCUGUUCGUACGCCAAACACGAUACCGCAGUUCCAUGCAAGACCGUCAGGACAACGGCGGUGAAAUUGGAUUUAUGAGGAAUGAUCGCUACCGCAGCACCAUUCAGAAUGGGUUCGCUACGUACAACACCGGAAUGGUGACGUCUACGCCGCGAAAGAAGCAAGCGCCUCCCACACCGUACGGCACAACAUCACGAGCGGGGCAGCAACAGUACAACAAUAUCAAUCCUUUCGACGCGGACCUGGAGCCAGAAGGGGACACCCUGUCGACGGUUAGUGUGGACAGCAGUUACAGCAGUACGCUACGAUCGCGCACCUCCGGAACGAGAACACGCACGAAGCGACGGGCACCACCACCACCUCCAGUGGCCAUUACACCUGCAAAUCGCGUUGUCCCAUCACCAGAGGAAUCAUCCGUCGUAGAUGAGGCUCAAAAUGAAGACCUUCGCAAUCUUACCGCCGAAAUUGAAAGCUUUGUCCGUAUUUCAUCCAGCAACGUGGACACUUCCACCAAAGAUACAUCGACCUUACGAACGGAUGCGAUCGUGGAAACGCGAGAGAUUAAACCCCACGAUCUUAAUAAUAACAGUGCACAAUCAGAGAUUCCUACUACAGUAUCGACGAUAGAAUGCGAAAUUGUGCAAAAUAGCCGGACAGUACAAGGUACGGAACACGAAUCAUCCCAGAUUCAGAAGGAAACCAACAUGGAACUACAAACAGUACCAAAGGAAGAGAAAAGUGAUGAAGUACUAAUAGAAUCACCAAAACCAACAGAAGUGCAUACUAGCACAUCGAUUUCUGUUGACACAGCUGUAUCGGGUUCUAUCGAAACAAGCCCAAAGCCUUCACCCAGAAAAAAAGCGGACAAAACGCAAACUGAAAUUACUGUUGAUGCUGUUACCACUAACCCUCAGCCAGACGUUGAUUUUGAAAAUCUCGCUCUGCCAGAAACCCCAGUCCCAACGAGAAGGUCAAACCGUGAAAACCGCGAGAAAUACAUUACUCAAGAUGUAACUACGAUCCACAAAACGUCGUACGAAAAGCCUACCGUGGCACCGAAAGCAGCCCUCCCAUCAACCACCGAGGAGGGAGAUGACGAUGAAGGUCCAACAACCACGAUCAUAGUGGAUAACUUGCGGUACAAGCACAAGGUGGCUCCAAUUCAUACCGAGAUUAGCACCAAGAUCGAAAAUGCACGCAUGAAAAUAAGUGAAUCUACCGGCAACCUCCCAACGAUCGCGAACGAAAGCGGCAACAACGAUAGGCGCCGCUCUGUUAGAGAUAUUAUCGAGUCAAUCAAUAAGAGCCAGAGCAUGCUCAAGGUUAACCACGAUCAGUCGACCAAUGGUUUGCACGAAACACAGUCGACUGACAGCAUGGCACGAAACAUACGGGAGCUCAAUGAACGCGAAAGGGAAAUUCAGAACUUGCUGCAAGAUAUCGACACACGCUAUGGGACGCAUAGUGCUGAAGGUGAUAGUACGCUCAGCGAAGUCGCUACCGCCAGCGAACUUCCAAUGCUGUCCGACGGUCGAGGAUCGUACUAUGAUAACUUAACGGAUGAUAAUCUUAAUGAUAACUUGGACGACAAAAAUAACGCUGCUUCGGGCUUCCGCGUUAAGAAAAGUCCCACCAAAACGGUGCUCAUUGCGGAGGGUGGUGACGACCAACAGUUUCAAGAUUGUAUCAAUUGGAACCCGCUACCGAAACCGAGACGUAGCCAUAUUUUGACGGAAAAUGGAGCAGAUUCCCAGCAGGAAGCAACGAUAUCUAAUGCACCAUCCUGAUGUGCCUUCAACUAGUUGUUUACCUAUUUGUUCGAUGUUGUACUAUUUAAUAGAAGAUACUGCGUGAUUGUACUUUAGGGACACAAAAUAGAAUAAACUUUAUGUUGCAAUAUUAUUUAUACCUUAAAA